CGAGAAAACCCAGAAGAACAAAAACUUAGAUUUGCAUUUUGCAGUCGAAGUCGAAGCACAGAGACUCACAACCGUCCGCCAUGACUGCUCGCAAGAGAGCUUCUGCAAACCCAUCAGUAAAAGAACCUUCUCCGAAAGAAAUUGACAAAACCCAUCAAACCAAAUCCGCAAGAACUGAUGAUCCGCCCAUUGCGCCACCAAAAGCAGGUUUCAUCUUCAAGCUCGUGCUCUUCUUCUCUGUUCCAUACCUCUACCUUAUCUUCUAUCGCUACAAGAUCGACCUAGAGAUUAGAAGAUCGAUUCUCAUCAAUGCCGGACUCAGUCUCGCUGGCUUCUUUGUCACUCUGCGGAUGAUUCCUGUGGCUUCCAGAUACGUUAUUAGGCGUAAUUUGUUUGGCUAUGAUAUCAACAAACGGGGUACCCCUCAAGGCGCUGUCAAAGUGCCUGAGUCGUUGGGAAUUGUUGUCGGGAUUUCCUUCUUGGUCGUGGCAAUCGUGUUUCAGUACUUUAACUUCAAAUCAGAUUCAAAUUGGCUUGUUGAAUACAAUGCAGCUUUGGCAUCUAUUUGCUUUAUGACAUUGCUUGGAUUUGUAGAUGAUGUUCUUGAUGUCCCCUGGAGAGUGAAACUGCUAUUGCCAUCCUUUGCUGCUCUUCCUUUGUUGAUGGCUUAUGCUGGACACACAACUAUUAUAAUCCCAAAGCCGUUGAUUCCAUAUCUUGGAAUGGAUGUUUUAGAUCUUGGAUGGAUAUAUAAACUUUAUAUGGGACUGUUGGCAGUGUUCUGUACAAACUCCAUUAACAUUCAUGCUGGUUUAAAUGGCUUGGAAGUUGGGCAAACGGUUGUCAUUGCAUUUGCUAUCUUGAUUCACAAUAUCAUGCAAAUUGGAGCAUCGACGGAUCUCGAGUACAAGCAGGCGCACACGUUUUCUAUUUAUCUUGUUCAACCCCUAUUAGCCACAUCGUUGGGCUUGCUUGCUUACAAUUGGUACCCUUCAUCGGUCUUUGUUGGAGAUACCUACACAUACUUUGCUGGGAUGACUAUGGCUGUGGUUGGGAUUUUAGGCCAUUUUAGUGAAACUCUUCUGAUCUUCUUUUUCCCUCAAGUUCUGAACUUCCUUCUCUCACUCCCCCAGUUAUUCGGAUUUAUCGCAUGUCCACGUCAUCGGUUACCUCGGUUUGAUCCUCAAACUGGAUUACUGACUGGAACAAAUGAUGGAACACUAGUGAACGUUUUCUUGCGAAUAUUUGGGAGAAAAACAGAGAAAUCACUCUGCACCUACCUUCUUGUUUUCCAGGGCGUUUUCUGCUGCUUCUGUUUCUUGCUGAGGUAUUUGCUUGCUGGAUGGUACAAGUGAUGUUGCAGCAAUACAAUGUUGGGUUUGAAGCUUUUUAGGAUCCAUGGAAGAGUUUCGACAAUUUUUCGAGUAGUUUGAAAUAUAUUCAUGUAAAAGUGAUGAACCAUUUUGUUAUCUGAUAGGCAAACCAGAAAAUGAAAUGCUGUUGUGGGAAUGUUUUGUGACUAACACAUACUGUAUUUUGACUUGAGAGAAAGGGGAAAAAAUGGCUUGGUUUAGCUUAGAA